AUGUCGGUGUCCACUGCAACUAAUGCCAGCACUUUAUUACCUCUAUCAGCACCAGCAAAAACAAGGGGCCAAUACAAAAGCCAAAAUCAGCAAACAAAUUCUGGUCCAGUCAGGGUUUCGAUGCAGACUAAAUCUCUUGACGCACAAAGAGGACAUUUUAAGCUUGCAGUAUCUGGCUCAGUAACACAGUUACUACCUAUUGAAAGGAGAAUAAAUUUGAAUAGAAAGCAGUCACCUUCUAUUACAUGUGCUGCUGCAAUGAAUGCAAGAUGCUCUGCUUCAGGGCAAACUCAAACCGUUAUCCAUAAGGCACCCAGAGUUACCAAAGCUCCUCAAAAAGAAACAAACAAGACACCACGACUAGAUGAUGGAGGACCUGGUCUCCCACCCUAUCUUGGUGGUGGUGGGGGCGGUGGUGGAGGUGGUGGUGGAGGAAACUCGUCUGGUGGAUUCUUCCUUUUCGGCUUUCUUGGUUUUCUAGGUUAUUUAAAAGAUCUGGAGAAUGAGCAGUCCCAGGAAAGAGUUGUUUUCAAGGGUUUUAAACACAUGAAGCUUCUUUACUCUAGACAUGCAGAGAGGCCAAUCCGAAGGUACUUGACGCUUCUUCAGACUCCAGACAAGAAAAAUACUUUAUUUAAACAAGAUAAGCCUGGUUUUCCAUUCAGAUUUAUCUGUCAAAUGUCUUCUUUACCACGACAAAUGGACCCAAAGAUGGACACUUGA